AUGACUAAAGAAGUGUUGAGUAGUAACACAGCCGUCCCACCGCCGCCGUGGGCGAAAUUGCAUGGAUGCCACAGUCCCGAAAAGACUGUUAUUGUUUACCAAAACGCAAAAGGAACCGGUGAGGCCGCUGUGGAGGAAUUACUCGCACGGGCUCGUAUUGUUGUACCGGCAUUAAUGAAUUAUCUCUUUUUUAGCUCCGCACAUGUUGCCGUAUUAUAUUUGGGAAAGAAUAUGAUAGGCACAAAGAAGUUGGGAGUUGAAGAAGGUGCGGUGGAUAUGAAGAUUCGCAUGAUUCGGUACUUAACAACAGAGAUGUGGCCACCGCUUCUUCGCACAGAUGCACCGGAUGAGUCUUACAUUGCGGAUAUUUUACACUCUGACUGUGGUGAAAGUUUCUUUGAUGAAUUAUUAACAGAUGGUAUGGAUUUACAUCGUAAUAGUGAACUAGGGACUACAGAGGAUGGGAGUAAAGAAGUAAAGAUAUGUCGUAAUAGUAAUAAUAGUCCAACCGUUCAGCGAAGUUCAUCCGUAAAUAUAUUGAAACAAUUUAUUUUUGAUAGCAAGAUGGAAGUAUUAGUCUACCUUAAAAAUGGCAUUAGAAAAACUAAAUAUUUAAAACUUAUUCUUCGUAAUACCAUGCAUCGCCUACAUUUUGAUGUGAUAGAUCCUAAAGAUGAGAAACACCGCUGGGAGGAGCGAAAGUUAUUUACACGUAUACUUGAUAACUUGGAAACACGCAAAGGUAUUCCAAGUUUUGAGGCUUAUGAGGGUUUUUUCCGAGAGGCGUGUACCAUGACCGCACGAUUACCCAUUCAUCACGCAUUAUUAGAUCAACGUUUGACUAUAUGUAUUCAUCCAAGAGAAGGAAUAGAAACAAAGGAAGAAGAAAAAGAAGAAGAGGAAAAGGAAGAGGAAGAAAAAGAAGAAAAUAGAGAGAAGAACUGUAGCAAAGGUGUGGAAGGGGAAUCUCGCUAUUAUCCUUGGAUGAUACGCUUAUCAAGACCUGAAGGAUCCAUGUUGGAUUAUAAAAGUUAUAUCUUCGACACGGUGAGUGAGGUAAACUACAACUGUGUACGUUUUUUGUGUGGAUUUCUUAAUGCCUACAGAGAGGGAAAACUUCUUAUUGGUGUUCAUGAAAUUCCAAAACGAAAUGUUGAUGGUUCUACUCCACCUAUAGGAGAUGGGAAAAAUACUAUUGUACGUCAUGAUGACUUGGUAGAUCAGUAUGUAGUUGGUUUACAUAUCACACAAGAUGGAUUAAAGAAUAUUCAAGAAAGUCUUUCGAAGCAAUUAUUGGAUUGUGUACCACCUGUACCUCCUCAAACAGUUUGUAUGGAUGUUAUUCCAGUGAAAUUACCAUUAAAUUUUACGAGGUCUAAAGAAGUUGUGGUCUUCUUUGAUGAAGAUUCAAGUCCUUAUGGUGUUGCGAUUAAACAAAAGAUUUUUUCUGCCAUGCAUAAUCUUGUUUCUUUAGGUCUUUCAUUGGUUCAGGUGGAAAGUAAAAUAUUACGGGAAAAGUUUAGGUGUAGCGAAAGUAUGUAUGAUGAUGAUAGUUUUAAUAAAAGACUAGGUCUUUACGUUGUGGCACCUUUACAUUCUUCAGCAACACUUAAACAGGAAAAUUGGGAAGAAUCUCUUGCAAGAGCAUUUGAAAAUCAAAGAAAUCGUUGUUGGUAUCAAUGUGUGGAUGAUCCUGGUGAUGUUUCUAUUUCCUCUCUCAGUAUUAUCGAAAUAUCAAUUGACAUGAAGCGUAGUCCUUACAUACCGCUUCGAAUGUAUAAGGGUAAAUUUUUUAGUGGAUGGCCAUCAAUUCCUAUUUGGGAUAAUAAUACAAAAACUGUGAGACGUAUUGAACGUAAUCAUAAUAUUUUUCGUUAUUUCAUGACAACAUCCUCAUCAAUUAAUCCAUUUUCUCAGAAUGAAGAAAACAAUUUAGUAGCGUUUACAUUACCAGGAAAAUUUGCAGAACAAAAUGAGGCAUUAUUUAGACGUGCUGCUCAACAACUUCAACAAUCAUGGUUUACAGUACCACAAAUAGCGAGUUUGGUGCUUACUUUCUUAGGAGAUACUUUAGAUUGUCUUCGCUUUCGUCUUCUUCACUCUGUAUGUGAUAUGGUAUUUGAACGUCAACAAGGUACACAUUUACUACAAAUGUUACUUUCAACACCUUUGGGAAAUUCAGAUUUCAGUUGUUCAUGGUCUAUUCUCUCAUGGAUGCAAAAUGAAAUGCGAGCUGCAGAUAUUGCCCCUAUGCCAUUACUUCUCUGUCGAGUGUUUGAGAGUAUUGGUGCACUUCCCUCUCCUUUUCCUUAUGUGGCUGUACCACUAGCUCAACAAUCCUUUCGUGUUUCCAAGUAUCUUGUGCCUCUCUUUUACUUGCAGAGUUAUUAUGAUGGACUUAUGCGACCCUCUAUUGUAUUAGAUGUUCGUGAUGGUAUUGUGAAGAAAGUACGUUUGCAAAGUGGCAGUUUUGUUCUCUCUGCUGUGAUUGGUGUUGGCUUUGAACGCAUCACACGGCGUCAACUCAGUCAAUUUCUCUACCGUGAAAAUAUGAUCGCAGAUGAUCUCGCCUUCUGCAGUGAUGAGGCCGCCGCGUUAAGUAUUCCCAUGCAGGGAUUUCUCACACCAUCUCUGCGGUUUGCACACACGCAGGAAGACGGGGCAGAGCAGCCCCCACCUCUCACACUUAACCCAUCAGAGAACACUAACACUAAUAAUAAUAAUAACAAUAAGAACAAGAACACGCAAACCACAAGUCGUGAUGUGGAAAAACAAUUACCAUUACUGUAUUUUAAGUUUCUCACAGGUGAGAAUAUAGUAACAGAUGAUAGUUUAGAUUCAGAAGAACAUGGCGGUAAUGCUUUAAUGACAGCAGGAACACAAAAUACUCAUAAAAUGCCAUGGACCCUCUCUCAUAUACUCUCAUGGUUUAAUGUACUUUCAUCUGAUGAUCACGUGCAGCCAUUUGGUUACUGUGGACGUUCACUCUGUUAUCGUGUGGAAUCUCUUCAUGAUAUAUGUGUAGAACAUGUGGAGGGCAGUAAUGGAUUAUCGACUCGUAUACAAUUGGCAGAUUCUCCUCAGAAUUGUUUACUACACAAAAAAAUUGAAGAGUGGCAAUCUAUAUGA